UAGUAACUUUCAGAUUUCAUCCUGCUGCCAUGAGAAGAGCGGCGAGACUCAACGCCGUUUUGGAGCGCCUGGGGAAGGCGGCCGCCUUGUAAAAAGCGUUUAGUCUCGAAGGGCCCCUGGGCUUUCUCAGGCUCCAGCCAUGUUACUCGGGCAGAACAAGGAGGACCUCAGUCCGAAAAGCCAGAACGAGACAGAAGAGGGUACCGCAGGCAGAAGCUUUCACAAGCCUCCAGCUCAAACAGGUUGUGGAAUGUUCACUCUCCUGUCUUCUGUCACUGCUGCCAUCAGUGGAUUUUUGAUGGGUUAUGAGCUUGCAGUUAUCUCUGGAGCUCUUCUUCAGCUAACCAGCAUCCUAACACUUUCGUGCCGACAACAAGAAAUAAUUGUAAGCACAGUUCUUGUUGGUGCCUUGUUAGCUUCAGUAACUGGUGGAAUCCUGAUAGACAAAUAUGGGAGGCGAUUUACCAUUAUGUUGUCAUCUGCUUUACUAGUUGUGGGCAGUCUGAUUCUGAUCAUUUUUGCCUCCUUUGAACUACUUAUAGUGGGACGGAUUGUGAUAGGGGUUUCCGUUUCCCUCUCUUCAACUGCAACCUGUGUGUAUAUCGCAGAGAUUGCCCCGCAGCACAGAAGAGGCUUGCUUGUGUCUUUAAAUGAACUCAUGAUUGUUACGGGCAUUCUCUGUGCCUACAUUUCUAAUUAUGCCUUUGCUAAUGUAUCCCAGGGUUGGAAGUACAUGUUCGGCCUUGUUAUCCCACUGGGGGUUUUACAAAUAGUUGCUUUAUAUUUUCUUCUGCCCAGUCCUCGUUUUUUGGUUAUGAAAGGUUUCGAUGAAGCUGCUAGUAAAGUACUUGGAAAACUCAGGGCAACUUCGGACACUACUGAAGAACUCACCAUGAUCAAAUCUUCCUUGAAAGAUGAACACCAAUAUCAUUUUCUGGAUUUGUUCCAUUCCAAAGACAACAUGAGAACACGGAUUAUGAUAGGGAUCACUCUCGUUUUUUUUGUACAAAUAACUGGACAACCCAACAUCUUGUUUUACACAUCCACUGUUUUGAAAUCAGUUGGAUUCCAGAGCAAUGCAGCAGCUUCUUUGGCCUCAACCGGGGUUGGAGUGGUUAAAGUCAUCAGUACGAUACCAGCCAUUCUUUUUGUGGACCACGUAGGAAGCAAGACAUUUCUCUGUAUUGGCUCAUCCCUCAUGUCGGUGUCAUUGAUCACCUUAGGAUUAGUGAUGCAUAAUAUACAUGUGAAUGUCACCACUAUCUGUAAAAACCAGUCUUUGGAAGAGAUCCUGUUUCAGGGAGAAGGAGCAGUGACCUUCACCAAUGAAACUUUUAAGGAACGUUUUGCUGGCACGACUUUACCUGUUAGAAGUUCACGAUGGAAGGGCGAAAUUGCUGACCCAGAGUAUCAGAACAGGACAACAUUGGCAGGAGACAAACCGUUUGCCAGAAUGCAUUCAGAAUCCCAGGUUGCAGUUGAACCUGCAAAGGUGCAACCCUUUCUGAAAUGGCUCUCUUUGGCUAGCUUGCUGGUUUAUGUUGCGGCUUUCUCCAUAGGACUUGGACCAAUGUCGUGGUUGGUGUUAAGUGAAAUAUUUCCUGGAGGGAUCAGAGGAAGAGCAAUUGCUUUCACAUCGAGCAUCAACUGGGGGGUUAAUCUCCUCAUUUCAUCAACGUUUUUGACUAUAACAAACCUACUUGGCUUACCCUGGAUAUGUUUCAUUUAUGCGCUGAUGAGCUUAGCUUCAUUAGCUUUUGUUAUUAUCUGUAUACCAGAGACAAAAGGAUGUUCUUUAGAGCAAAUAUCCAUGGAUCUGGCCAAACAAAAGCACGCCAAGAAUCCUUUUUGUUGGAUGGGCCAGCGGCAAGACCAGUUGAUUGGCUCAACUAUAGAACUUUCUAAUAAAGAUGUCAAUGAACAGUUCUUCUAGGCAGACGGCUGAGUCACUACGACCAGAAGAACUAGCUUUCCUAACGGACGAGAUGGUAGAAGUCAUAGGAAUCCUGCCGCUACAUCUGAACGCCUAGUGUCUUACUCUAAAUUAGCUUUCUCUUGAUUUUAUUUUAGAGGACUUUUUUGGUCAGUCAACGUUAUAAAAUAAUGAAAUUUGCACAUUUUUAAACACAGAGCUGUCGGAAACUGUAAUGAUAUUUCUAUGGAACGUAAUAUAGUCGAUAAUACAAAAUGAGAAAUUUGUGCCAA